AUUUUUAUCUACUACUAUGCCUAAAGCAGCUACUCUUGCCCGUCCCACAUCCCCUGAGUCGGCAAAAGAUACACCAUAUGAAACUUCACAAUAUCAAAAUAAAUCCGAAAAUUCGUUCCGUCUUUCACCAAAUUUCGGAAAAAAUCAGCAUUUACCUAUUGAUGAUGAAUUUAAAGAAAGUUUAAGGAAAAUAUUACUUAAUUUCAAUGCGCCUAUAAGAUAUUCUUUUGCAUAUGGUAGUGGUGUAUUUCCACAAAAAGGUUACGAAUUAGAGGAAAUUAAAUACGGAGUAAUUUCAGUUGAUAAGUUAUGCAAGGAUCUCAUGGAUUGGGAAACACUUUAUAUAAAAAUAUUACAAGACGAUGCACGUGUUCGUUUAUCGCAACAAGUAAAUCUGGCAAACGCCUUGAGAACGGCUUUGCUUAUGCUUCCAAAAGAUUUCUCGGAAGAGCAACUUUACUUAACAAUUACGGGACUUUCUUAUGAAGGUGACUUUCGUAAAUAUGUUGGAGAGAAUCCACAUAAAAUAAAAAAUAUAGUUUCAAGACAGGCAGAUACUUUUAAGAUAUUAUAUGGAUCAUUGAUUCAAGGGUUUUCAAAUGUUGCAUUUGUAAGCAACAGCAAACUUCAGCAAGACGAUAAUCCCAAAGCUCGUGCUCAUUUGUUGGAAAAGUUACCAAGAGCAUUGAGAAAUAAAAUCCGAGAACAAUAUGGAUUGCAUUUGGUUAGAAAAGGACAAACUUUACCAUCAGAUGAUAAGGAAGUUUACAGGGAUAUAGCAUCCUCAGAUGAAUGUGUGAACUAUGUUAAGACUG